AUGCCAUCAAAUAAAUCUUUAGAAAAAUGUCCAAAGGAGUUGCUGUUGAAACAAGUAAAUAAAAAAAAUAAAAAAGAAUUAUCAGAUGUUUCAUUGCAAAAUUUCAUUCCUGUGCCAUACGAAAAAACCACACGACUAACUAGUUUAAAGAAGGUUGAAAAUAUUUUACCUUUGAAGUUAUAUUCGAAGAAGCAAGACAGUGAUCGAUUUAAACAGCAUUUAGAUAUCAAUAUUUAUAAAAAGUAUAAAAUUAUCAGCUUAGAUUUGAAAAAACGUCUACACGUAGAAAAUCCAAUAAAUGAUAUAUUUGCUGUUACUGACAUUGCUGAAGAUUUUUACAGGCGUGUAGAUGGUCGUCCAAUACGGCUACAUAUUCCCAUUUUUAAGUCGCUUAAAGAGUGCAUAAAUAAACUACUACAUAUUAAACAAGAAAUAGGAGUAAAAUCGGAUUAUAUUUUAAACAUUGAUACAAAUUACCGCAAUGAAAUGUAUAUAUAUGAUUCUGCCGUAAAACGGCUAAAAAUACAAAUCAAAUAUUUUGAUACGUUUAUAUCUGAAGACUAUCAAAAAUCUAUGUCUUUCUUAACCAAGUGGGAUAAUUUAAGAAGUCAAGUCGAUUUACAGGUAAAAGAAUUACAAAGUGUAGCUUUAGAAAAAUUUACUAUAAUAUCGAAACUUAUUGGUUUGGAAUAUAGGUAUGGUCUUCAGCAAAAAUAUGGUAGGUUUCUGUAUUAUUUGUCACCAUCGAGUUGGCGUUUAAGUAAUAGAGAUUUCGCAAGGUCAUGUGAAAUUGAAGCCAAAGGUUUUGAUUUUGAUAAUUCCAAUGAUGAAGAUACUUUUACAGUAAUAUUUGAAAGAAUGCGAAAAAUUUGUUACGGAGUGCCAAUUAAACCAGCACUUUAUUUUACUCAACCGAAAGAUCUAAUGGAUGUAUUCGAUACAAUGGAGACGCAACAGCUUCACUAUUAUACGCAUGUUCACCAUUUAGCACCAUAUACAAAAAUAUUAAGGAAUGGAAUAAAAUCAAUAAAAGAGAUUAUUUUUCAAGAGUCUGCCUUAGUUAAAGGUUCCAUUAAGCGUUUUGAAAAUUUUCUACUAUUUUCCGAGCAGCGAUGUGCUCAAUUAGAAGCAAAGUUUUUUAAAAUUUUAUAUGGUUUAUUUUACAAAUCUGUUGCUUCCCUUGAUGUUAUAAAAUUAACAUUACAUUUACAAUUCUGUUAUGAGAGAGUGCUUCAAGAAAAACCUUUAAAUGUAAACCUAAAAACACUGGCAAAGAAUUUGGAAAAUGUUUAUAUGGACUAUUCUAAAAAAUUAGAUUCCAUACGUAAUGACGCUGUUAGGCGUGCUAUAAAAAACUGUAUGCAUACAGAACAGUUGAAAAUUAAGAGAGCUAAUAAUGCUGCUUUAGAACUGCGCUUAUUUUACAGAUUAGAAAAACAGCUACUUCGCUCACAUGGAAUCUUAACUGAUAACACAUAUAAACCGAUAAAAAAACACGAAUCAAAGAAUAAAAAAAAUGUGAAUAAUAAAAUCGUAAAAGAACUCAAAAAUAAAUCUUUAACGGAAGCUGAGGUAGAAUACUUAAAACUUUUUACAGACUGGAACGAAAAUGAAGAUCCUGCAAUUUAUUUAUUAAACUUAAACGACGAUAAUAAAAACGGUGAUUUUGAUGUUAUAUAA